AUGAGUAAAAACGGCGCGCUACUCACCCCGGAUUCGGACGGAGGUGAUGCCGCCCUGUGCUCACCCCCGGCUCGCGCCAAGCGAGGCGAGCUGGGUGAGCGAGCACCCGUGUCUCACCAAUCAUGGGGGCUAAAACGCCAGGUGCCUCGGCGCGGGCUGUGCAAAGCCCGACCUCAGUGGAGAUUCACGGUAAUGGUGAUGGCCGUAAUUGGCCCCUUCGAGUCUGUCGUCCCAGCGCCCACCGAGGUUCUAAGUGUGUCCAAUGGAAAUACGGGCCGUUUCAAAAGCAGCGUCGCCGAGCCUACCCUUUAA